AUGAUGCCCGCGCCCUGGCUGUACGCGACCGACGGGACGCGAAGCUACUUCAAUGCACGAAUACCAGAAGGCUAUGCUCAUGCGUAUUUGACUAUGGGAAUCAUCUGCAUCUCCUUGAACUAUGGUGGAGAGAUUAUCAGCCUCCAGAAAAACCCGUCGAAGCCAACUGAAGAAGAGCUCCGCGCGCGGGAGGCUCGUCGGGCGAGUCGACUGGACAAAUUCGCGGCACGUACUGAAGAAGAGGUCACUACGGAAGAGGAAAAGAGGAUCCAGCGCCUGAAAGACCUCAACGUGGAUGGAGAUCGUCCCCCGCGGCGCUUCCUAUUCCCAACGUUCAUCACAGCAGAUGUCCCCAUCUCGGGCCAGGGGUACCACGCGAUACCGCAAUCGGCGGAUCUAGCGGGGUUCGCGGUUAUGGGGUCGGAAGAACGGCCUUCUAUUCACGACGAGAGCCUGAUCGGAGAGAUCCCGAAGAUAUUCCUUGGUAAAUCGGCGGAGGAGAUUCUCGCCAUCUUCCGAGAGUCCGUCCGUGCCGACGACGGGGAGCGAAGCUUCAAUGCGGCGUACACCUUCGUCAUCAUGGACGCGCAGACGAAGGAAGAUGGUACGAUUCUCAUUUGCGUCGACAGCGAGGAUUUUCUGUACGGUGAGAGCCGAGCCUUCGGUUUGCUUGUGUCUAGGAACCUCAUCCCGUUUGAAAUGCUUGUCUUCAAUGUGGACGACAUUUUCGAGGAAGGUACAAUUCUGACCGAACCAUCUGCUGAACCGGACCAGGGAUUCCGCCUCCCAUCUCCAGUGAAAAAUCGGCCGUCCGAUGAGAGCUGA